GAGCAAAGUGGUGGUUUCAAAGCCUCCAGGAGACAGGAGAAACGGUAUAAAAACCUUCUGCACUCCGUGGUUUUCCAGCAGCUUCAUCUCUACCUAUCGCUUGCAUUUCUUCUCUUCUGAAGAUCAGACUCAUCUCCAUUCCUCAGCCAUGUCUUGCUGUCAGCCAUCCUGUUGUGGACCCUCCUGUGUGGUUCCAUCCUGCUCUUCCACCCCAUGUAUUGGCAUUGGAGCCCAACGGUGUGGAACCUCAACAUCAUCCUGCUGCCUUGGAACUGUGCCUGGAGUAGUCCCUUCCUGCAUCACCCAGCUCCCAGCAUCGGAAAUGGUUAUCCAGCCCCCUGCUGUCGUCAUGACCAUCCCAGGACCUAUCAUGUCUGCCAGCUGUGAGCCCAUUGCUGUCGGAGGCACAACUCCAUGCGCAGUCGCUGGUGGGUGUUCAGGCAUAAGAGGCAUCGGCUGCUCUCCCUGCUGGAGACUUCCAAAGGCAGCUCAUCUCUCCUUCCUAUCGCUUCUUCAGCUCCAACUAGAUCGCAUCCUUCGCAUCAAAAUGAGCUACUGCCAAUCUGUGUGUGAUGUACCUUGUGGUGUCAACUACGGCUACGGUGGCGUUGGCUCUUGUGGACUAGUCCCAGUAUAUGGUGGUGGUGCCCUUUCUGGAGGAUGGGGUGCUGGUGGUGCCCUUUCUGGAGGAUGGGGUGCUGGUGGUGCCCUCUCUGGAGUUGGAGGUGGGCUGGGCUAUGGCCCAGUGGCUUGCGCCAGCCAACUUGCAGGGUCUGAAGUUGUGAUCCAGCCCCCUGCAUCUGUGGUGUCCAUCCCAGGGCCAAUUCUCUCCUCCACUGGUGAACCAGCUCUUGUCUCGGGAUACAGUGCCUGUGCCGGAUAUGGCUAUCCAGCCCUGGGCUCCGGCGGUGGCUUUUCUGGUGGAUCUUCCUCUGGGGGAUAUGGCCGGUUAGGAUAUGGUGGAAGAUAUGGUAGCGGAUACUGUGGAGGAUAUGGUAGCGGAUAUGGAGGAUAUGGUCGUGUGAGAAGAUAUUCCCAGAAACGUUGUGGACCUUGCUAGAUACUGAAGACUCACUGGAAUGAAAAACAUGGAUAUAAAGAUACUGAUCUAGGACUUGGAGAGUGUGACACUUUGCUGGUUUUCGGAGUGGCUACAUUUUCCAGCUCUAACAAAGAAGAAAUAUUUGAGUACUUGAUACUUCUUGCACAUUGAAGCUGGCUAGUCAUCUUAGCACCUGUGUGUCCUCCUAUUUUCUCUUUUUUUCUUUCAAUGUUGUCAAGACAUCACCAACGUCUUUUGCAUAUUUGUAAGGCCAUUGAAGAACUGUGUUUGUGUUACCGUCACAUCUGGAGGUUAUUCAUUGUCUCUUCACAGCCUUGUUUUUCUCCAGCUCUUCUCUCCUGCCAUCUUUCUUAAUAAAGCUUAAUGUUGCAUCACAA